AUGGAAUCAGUAGGAAAGCGCGCCAGAUCGGGCUCGCACUCUGAGGACGGCGGCCGGCUGUCCCAGCUUGGCAGCCCCGAUUUUCACAAGCCUAAGGUGCUCAAGUCUUCCGAGAAAACUAGCUCCAAGUGGCUCGAACGCUCCAGGUUGCGCAUACACUUCACCGUGGCCUUCCACGGAGGCCAGAAAACCGCCUCCUGCAACUACUGUGGCAAGGUAUACCAGGACGGUGACUCAACCAGCAACCUCGCCCGCCAUGUCACUCACCGGCACACUGCGGAGUACAAAAAGACCGUUGAGGAGCACGCGCUGUCUAAGACGGCGCAUCCUGCGACGCGGCCUCUGGCCGCGCUGACGAAACCAUUGUCUGCGGCGCACGCGCCACCGGCUGCCAUGAGCCAGGCUGGCAACCUGAGUUCCCUAGUUGUGUCGAGCGGGCGCUACUUCCUGCCAUCGGGCUGCCACUCCUGCGCUCUCGAGCCGCCGAACUUUGAGUCAGACAUUUACCAGCACAUGGAGAACUACGCCCAUAGUUUGGACGCGAGGUUUGGCCUCUGUGAAGACCUCGUUGUCCGCUCCCUCAAGGAGCGGCUGUUGAAGUCCACCCAUAUCAAUAUCCAGCUUGAGCUUAUGCAAAACACCUGGGGCUCGCAUGUGGCUGUAUUUGCGUCAUUUGCUCCCAAUCUCGUUGAUAGCGAAGACAGCGAGUCAUUUGAGCAGGACGAGAUGCCUUUAGCCAACUGCCACAUGCUCGACAUCUUUGAACUUGGCAGCGAUAAAGGCGAGUCCCUUUCUAGAAAGCUUUAUGACGCAUUUAAAGAAUUUGGAAUCGCCAACAAGGUUGGCACCAUAACGGCAGAUAUUGCCACAAGCAUGGCCAUCAUCAGUAGAGGGACUACUGAGUCGCUGCCGACCAUAACGUGCGCGCAGGGCUUGAUAAGUGUGCUCUUCAAGUGUAUCUUUAACGAGCUUGUGAGAGCCCCCGCUUUUAGUACUGCAUUCACGAAGAUCUCAGACUUUGCCCAAAAAACCAUAGCGACGCCAAGUUUAAGAGCCUCUAUGGAGACAUUUGGUGUCCCGUUUCUCCCGACAAGUAUUCAGUCCGACAGUGUGCAUGAGUGGAGAGUUGUAAAGUCUUUCCUGGAUAACCAGGGCAAGUAUCUAGAAUGGUUGUCGAAAUCGCCCAUAAACACCGCACUUACUCCUGCAGCAUGCACUCUAUCUCAAGAGCAGCUCAAAGUCCUCAAACACUUCGUGAACUGCCUUUCAAUAUUUGAAGUUUGGGCAACAAAGCUUCAAAAUGCAUCUAGCAACACAAUCAUGAAUGCGGUUCUGGUGUAUUAUUCCUUAAACCGCUUCUACGCAUCUGCCCGAAGCACACUGCAGCGGCCAGAUAAUGAAUAUCCUUUCUUUCCAGUUGAAUACGGCACCAGCAGAGAACAACGAAAUCAAGUACUUCAAGGUAUUUUGACCAGCCAAAAAAUAUUUGAAGCACAAUUUGAUUCAUUCAAGCGCAAUCCGCUAUUUUUCGCGGCUGCCGCACUUAACCCCGUUUCAAAGUUCGAGUCUUUCAAAGAGUUAAUGGACGAAGCCGAGCGUUCUGCGAGGAUCACCGAACUUGAUAGCUUCUUCCAUGGAUGGCUGACAGGGUCGCAAGACAGCCGAUUGCUAGAACCUGCUGGGGAGAUCACUGUGAGCUCUCUGACCACAACGCACGUACCGGAUCCAGAAGCAGAGCAAAUGGCGGUUGUGGAUGAAUGGGAUUUUUACAAGCGCGAACCAAAACUUUACGGGGGUUCCGAAUUGGAUGGCGUGAAGUGGUGGUACGACCAUCGAUCUGCAUACCCCCAGUUAUUCAAACUGGCGGUUGCACUCUAUUAUACCAAGAUCAGCGUCAGAGGUUCAGAACGCCUCUUCUCUGCUAAAGAGUCGCUGCGCCGCCGGGAGCGGCAAAAUAUUCAGAACGAGAAUAUAAAGCGAUCGGUUAUUUUGAGAGAUCGGCUAAAAUCGUUCAGGUUUGUGAGGUCUAAUGACCAACUAUAA